ACGCUGGUUGCAUGUCGCGCGUGAUAUAAAUAUAUCGUACUUUACCCUCAGUGGUACAGGAAGAAAAAAAAGAAAAUCAUUGUUCUCUAUUUUCGCAAGGUACAGCGCUCUGGAUACUUCAGAAAAUAUUUCAAACUAACAGAUGUCCUCUAUUUUCUUUAGCAUGCUGGAACCACAAGUGGGGCUGAAGCUACAGUGGAAGGCACAAUGGACAUCCCUACUGAAGACAGCACCCUGUCACAGAUUUCACAAGAGCCCCCUGUAGGAGAGGUUGCUUCUACGUCAUUCGCAACACCACUGCAAACACAGGGGCGAGCCAUAGAGACUAGCUUUGAGCUGCUGUGGGACCCUCUCACCACUAUGGAAAUGGAAGUGGAUAGUUGCAGUCCUUCCACGGGACACCUCCCUGUUGAGCUGGUGUCCCAAAUGAGCCAGGUAGUGGCUCCACCAUCACUGAUGAACCUCGUGACACAAAAGGGCACGUCACCAAUUCCCUGUGACUCUCUGGGUGACAUGCAGGCGUUUACCAAGGUAUUCUAUUGCACUUGCUCAGCAGAAAUGAAAUAUGUAAACCUUCAUUUACAUCCAUUAGGCAAUAUGCAGGCUGACUUUCUUCUCCACACUUUACAGGAGAGUUCUAGUUCUGUGAUGGGAGGUGCACCCUCUGUGGAGCAAGUUCAACAGGAAUCCCCCGUGCUAUCACAAGAAUACAUGGAGGAAAAGGAACAGCAUGUUUCUGAACUCCUGUGGGACCGUCUUGUCAGCGUGGACACUGAGGAAGCUGAAGGACCACGAGAGGGCACAAGUGGAUCUGCACUCGAGGAAGACUCAUCCCCUGGUUCUGGAAACCAUGUAAGUCAGGUUGAAGAGGAAAGAUUUACUUCCCUCCCUGGCCCUUCUACAAGUGCGCAAAAGUUAUGGGUAAGCUCAGUCCCGUGUGUAGGUGCUGCAGACACACAGCUGCUAGCAUUACGCAGUCAUUCAUCGUUCGGCAAAAGCCCCGGAUUCUUCUGUCUUGCAUGGUGUGUAAUUUUAGGUUACAGAGCAGGUGCAUAUAGCCGCAUCUGCAUAUAAAUCUA